GUAUCUUAUUACUUCCCGAAAGGUGUUGGUGAACACCACUAUGGGGAACGACAUCCCAUGAAACCUCACAGAUUAUCCUUGACAAAUGCGUUGGUGAUGGGAUACGGCCUCGACAAGCAGAUUCAUAACAUAUACAAUCCUCGGCGGGCUACACGAGCAGAGCUGGAAACCUAUCAUGACCCAGAAUACAUCGACUUCCUCUCCAAAGUUACUCCUGGAAAUCAAGACAACAUGAAACAUCUCAUUGAUACCUUCAACUGUGUAGAAGACUGUCCAGUUUUUGCUGAUAUGUACGACUUUUCCAUGAUGUACGCUGGCGGUUCACUAGCAGGUGCACGGAAGCUCUGUGCUGGUACGACUGACAUUGCGAUCAACUGGUCUGGUGGAUUGCAUCAUGCCAAACGCGGGGAGGCCAGCGGCUUCUGCUAUGUCAACGACAUCGUUCUUGCUAUACUUGAACUUCUUAAGUAUCACCCGCGGGUUCUGUAUAUCGACAUCGACAUUCACCACGGCGACGGCGUGGAGCUCGCCUUCUAUCACACCAACCGUGUGAUGACAGUCUCCUUCCACAAAUAUACCGGUGACUUCUUCCCAGGGACGGGAAAACUGGAUGACAAUGGUGCAGGCCUAGGCAAACACUUCUGCUUGAACGUCCCUUUGCAGGACGGCAUCGACGAUGAUAUGUAUUUGACUGUCUUCAAAACAGUCAUAGGCGAUACCGUAACAGCUUUCCAGCCAACCAGUAUCGUUCUCCAAUGUGGAGCAGAUUCGCUCGGACUUGAUCGCCUUGGAGCGUUCAACCUCUCCAUUGCUGCCCAUGGCGAGUGCGUGAACUUCGUGCGCAAAUUUAACGUGCCGCUACUGGUGGUGGGCGGAGGCGGAUAUACGGUGAAGAAUGUCAGUCGGUGUUGGACUUACGAGACCGCUGUCCUCGUCGGCGCGGAGAUUUCAGAUGACCUUCCUGCUACUGUCUACGACUCCUUUUUCCAAGAUUCGGGUUGGAAACUUCAUCCCCCUCUAACAGGGAAGGUAGAGAAUCAGAAUUCCUCUGCAUCUCUCCAGCGUAUCACGAUCAACAUUCGGGACAAGCUACGGUACUUGAAAGGCGCACCCAGUGUGGCAAUGCGCGAAAUCCCGCCGGGGCUAGAGGAAUGGCUUGCGGAGGAGGCGAAGACGCCAGACGAACGGGACGAAGAACGCGGCACAGCGCUCGCCGGUGAGCGGAGGGAGGACCGAACUAUGGACAGGAACGAGUUUUUCGCCGGAGAAAAUGACGUAGACCAAGACGACGUUGUCCCGACCGUCAAAGCAAGAAGCUCGACUCGAAGGGCGAGAGGCAAGACAAGAGGAAAGGGGCGGGGGAGGACUAGAACCACAGCGCCGGGUCCCAGCUCAUUACGGGAAGAGAUUGAGGUCGAAGAAGAGGAGGUGUCGACACCUGCACGGAGGAGGGGCCGGGGCCGGGGCCGGGGUAGGGGUCGCGGAAAGACGCUUGACAAGGAUCGAGACAAAGACGUUGAAAGAGACAAGGAUCAAGAAAGCAUAAACAUGGAGACAUCGACCAAUCCUGAUCCCGAUCCGCCGACCCCAAUGGAUAUGGACAUCGAUGUAUGA